GGGUCCCUGAGAGUAGACAGGUGAACAGUGUUAUAUACAAAUACAAAAUAUUCGUAUUUGGGUCUCGAAUGGAAUCAUGACCAUCGCUUUGCUUCUUGUGACUCUUCCUGUGGCGUGGACUUGUGUUCCACAGAAAGCAGAUUAUGUUAUGGUGUCCUGCUUCCCCAACGCCAUUAUCGCCAACGUGCCCGAGUGUCCGUAUGGCUGGGAAAUGGAGCAGCUCUCUCUGGGGGGCGUGUGCUCCACAGGUGUGCAUAGCUCUGGCUACUACCGCUUUAUCAUCCCUGACCUGACGCCCAAGAACCACUCUUACUGCGGUACCCAGUCUGAGUACAUACCUGGCAAAGACGCUCGCUACGUCUUCUUCAACUCGGUGGUAUCCAACGACACACUGCUGACACUGAGAAACCAGCCGGUCAACUACACCUUCAGCUGCAUGUACCGUGCCACGUACCUCGUCAACAAUGCCGUCUUCAGCCAGAGAGUGGCCACCGUCUACGUCAGCAACGGCACUUUGGGCUCCUUCAUGUCUCAGCUGUCCAUGGGGGUUUUCACAAAUGCCAAGUUCCUGUAUGCCAAAGAGGCGCCAUAUGUAAUCGACACCUCGGAGAUAGGCUCAGAGGUAUUUAUCGGUGUGGAGGCCAAAGGGCUGAGCGGACGCUUCCGAGUGGUCAUAGAAAACUGCUGGGCCACGCCCACACCUUAUUCCACAGACAGGCGGAGGUGGAGCCUAAUCAUCAACAGCUGCCCGUCUGACGACACUGUGACCAUUUUCGAGAAUGCCAAGGACAGCCGAUCCACUUUCAAGUUCAACUCGUUCCGCUUUCGUGGCCUGGAGAAGGCGUCCACCGUAUGGCUUCAUUGCGAGGUCCAAGUGUGUGACGGCGAGCGGCUCGUCUGCCAACCAAGUCCUUGUCCAUCAAGAAGAAUGGCACCAAAGGCUGAUCCACAUGGCGGUAUCCUGACUGCGGAAUUUUAUAUUAAAGCAAAUGGAUCCACAAUUAAAGGAAAUAUCAUAGGAGCGACACUGCCUCUCCUGCUGCUCAUCCUUAUCAAGACAUGCUGUUUUGCUUACACAACUAAUCAGUGAACAAACAUCCAUUUGUACUGUACUUGAAGGGAGUGCAAACAGCUACUGACCAGUGAAUAAAUAUACUCUUAUAUUAUUCUAUUUUCUAUUUCGUAUGAUAUGAAGUCAUCUAGGACUGAGGUGCAUGGAUUCCUAUUUGUGAUUAGUUAAUUGGCAGGUUUGAUUGUGGAAAUUUGUGAUUUUUCAGUGUAUGUCAUAGUAAUUUUAAAACCCUCAAAUGUGCUUUUUAUCUACAGAGGUCUACUUAAAAAGUAUAAAUAAAUAAGUGAUUAAAUAUUAUAAUCUUAUUGAGUGUCAUGGAUAAAACUAAAUGUCAACUAAAGGCAGGACUGCAUCCUCGCCAGUGGGAUUCUUGGCCUUUUGGUCCGCAGCUCUGAAAUCUCCUGUUUUCUUCACACGUACAAAAAAUAGAUGUAAAUACAGCAUCAAGAAGAAUUUAUGGAUGAGUCCUCUGUGUACCUCUGCUGCCAGCUGGAGGCUUGCGUCUGGCUGUGCAGUCCCUUGAGCGGCCAGUAAAGGUGGGUUAAAACCCUGUUUGCUCAACAGCCAGUAGGUCUUAUGAUGGCCCUUACCCUAUCACACGCGGAUAGGUAAGAAUGUUAACACACAUUUGGAACAUUUUUGAAUAUGGGUGUGUUAUAAUAACCUUCAUUUCAAUCUCUCCCCUCUCCUCCAGCUCAAAUGAUCCCACUCGGGUCAGAAUGUCAGCAGUGUGCUGAGAGAUGUGAAUCUUCAAGGCUAUCAAAGAAGCAAAACAAAAUUAUAUCACCAUUAUAAUUGGUGAAAAUUCGGCCCACGGAAGCAAGUUUCAUGAACAAGUAAUUUGCCAGGUACUGUAAUUCAGUUCCAGAAUGUUUCUCUCAAAAGACUCAAAGAAGCCGUAAGUGAGUAAGUUUGUCAUUUUGGAUGUGAUUGUUUCUUGGUCAAUUAGAAUACGGUAUUUCUAUCACAUUGACACUGAAGGAGAUGGUACCUUUUCUUGUAGGCCCCGUCUAACUGUUUGCAUUAUUCAAACACACUUAAUAUAAUCAGUCAGGGAAUAGUAUCGUUUCUCGUAUUUACUGUUUGACUGUUUGUAUUACUCUAACACACCCAAUAUAAAACAAAUAGCGCUUAUACCAUAGUUUAUGGAAAACAAGCAGAAUAUAGGGCAUAAAGAUACAUGACGCCUUCUUAUCACGGAAGCCAAACGUGGGCGUCAUGAAACUGAAUGAGCAAGAUUGACGCUGACAAACCCACGUCUGAACCACCAACUCUCGUGAUCAUUUCUCCCGCACAGUCCAGAACAAAUGGCGGGGCGCUCUGUCCCAACACAAGGAACACUGGAGAAU